GCGAUGACGUGGGGAGGACCGACAAGUUCGGGAUCGGUUCAUCAUAAUAGUUCAUCUUUGAAUCUAAGUCUACAAGGCCCCGGAUCCCGGCUUGCAUUGAAGUACAGAGCGCCCAAAACCAGCGAACACAACUAACUACACUAUACAAGCUUAAUUGGACUUUGAUUUCGCCAUGGCUUCCUCGGGAGAAACGUGGUCGCUGACCGAGCACCUCCUUGCGACGGAAGAGCACCUCUACAAAUCGGCAACGCAGCACCCCUUCCUGCUCGCCGGCGCCGAGGGCCGGCUGCCCAAGGACAUCCUCAGCCGCUGGCUUGCCAACGACCGGCUGUACAUCCACUCAUACAUCCGCGCAGCAGGCCAGCUCCUCGCCUCCAUCGAUCUCCCCAAGCAAGUGCCCGGGUCGCAAGAGGCAUUUGAGACGCGGCUGGCAGACUGGCUCAUCGAGGCGCUUGUCGCCGUCCGCAAGGAGGAGCGUUUCUUCCUCGAUGUUGCCGAUCGUUACGGCCUCGGGAUCGAACCUGCGGUCCCAUUGCCCCCCGCCUCGGCCGACGCACAGGAUGCUGCUCCCCACGGCCGGGAGGUGCCUGGUCUGGUGCAAUACGAAUCCAUCUUUUCAUCCGUCGGCCGCCUUCCCGGGUCGUCCUCCACCACCACCACCACCACCACCGCCGCCGCCGCCGCUACUGCUGCUGCUGCGGCCACAUCCCAACCAGCCAUCCUUCCGUGGCUCGAAGGCGCGCUCACGUUCUGGGGAACCGAGCGAUGCUACCUGGACGCCUGGUCGUGGGCGCGCAACAAGGCAGAAGAACGCCGUUCUUCGGGAGAGCAGGCCGGGAAGGAGGACGCUGAUGGGGGCGCACUGCGCAAGGAAUUCAUUCCCAAUUGGAGCAGUCCGGAAUUCGCCCACUUUGUGGAUAAGUUGGCAAGGCUGAUUGAUGAAGCGGUGGCCAAAGUCCUGGAGGAGAAGGAAGGCGAUGCCAGGGAACAGACGAAGCAAGAGAUCUUAGGCAGGGUAGAGGGCAAAUGGCAGACGCUCCUAGAAGCCGAGAAACAGUUCUGGCCUGAUCUUUGAAAGCCUGGCUAUUCCAUUCGUCAAAUUAGAGGUCUAUUACUUGCGCACGUUGACAUGGCAUUCUGCAUUGCCA